GAGAAAGUCAUUUCCUUUCAGGUCGAUAUGAAGUUUAAACGUAUGCGGCAAGAUGUAAAGCAGACAGAAGGAAGUUUGUUGAAUAAAACGAACUCAUCUUUGCAAGAUUUCGAAAAUAAGGUCAACAGUGAAAUUAGAGUUGUUUCACUCAAGCUGAAUGAAACAAUUGCCCGUGCUGACUAUUUAUCUUCUUCACUGGAAUCACAAAGGAAAAACGUAACAAAUAGUUUUGGAAAACUUGAACUUAGAGUUAAAAUGGAGGAAGAAAAAUCUAACAACAUCACAAAAAGUUCGGAUCACCACUUCAAGUUGAUCAAGCAUUUGACCAAUAUGCUGAAUGACACUCGGGAAGAUAUGAGGAAUAUGUCUCGAGAACAAUCUACGGCUUUGGAACAAGCUCAAAAUUCCACAGUUACGGAACUUCUAAGAGUUCGGAUGUUGGUGAACUCAACGCAGACGAUUAUCAUGACACAGUUAAAGAAAGUGCACGAAAACAUGACUGAAAAGGUAACAAAGGAAACUGAGAAACUUAAGGCCAGAAUAGAAAUUGUGGAAAGCAAAUCAAAUAACUUAAGGCAUGUCACGGAUCAACACCUAAAGAAGAUUCAGCAAAUCGAGGAAUUGGUCAACAUUACACGUGACAACAUUAAAGAAGAAUCCAAAAAGCAUUUUACCGCGCUAUGGUUGGUAGGAAACUCUACCAAAAUGGAUCUUCGAAGUAUACGCGUGGUUUUGAAUGUAACGCGUGGUAAUAUUGUAAGACAGCUAAAAGAAGUGCAAAACAACUUCACUGAACAGGUAAAGAACGUUAGUAAGAUGCCGGGUCCUAUCGGACCUCCUGGCUACAACGGAAGUCAGGGACCUGUUGGCCCCCAGGGAGCCCUGGGUCCUGCUGGUCCUAAAGGAUCAGGAGACUUUAGUCAAUGUCAGUAUAAAAAUGAAAGUGAAGAUCCGAUUCCUGGUGGCUCGAAUAGGAUAAGUGUAGUUAUUAAUGAGCCAACAAAUAAAAGGAUAAUGGCAGUUACAUGCUCAACAAAUCACGGCAUUGAGUAUAAUCUUUUAACAACGAUACAAAGAGGCGUCCUGAGAUAUAUUUGCAUCUGUGAUGGAAAAUCCAGAUAUUUCAGUGGAGGAACUAGUUGCUACCUGCACUAUUGGAUUUGCCCUUUAACAACAUAA